AUGAUCAACUUCAACAUCUCCAUCGUCUCAGACGCCGUGUGUCCCUGGUGCUACAUCGGCCUCCGCCGCCUCACCAGCGCAAUAACCAGCUACAAAGCCACCCACCCAGCCUCAAAAUUCACCCUCACCUGGCACGCCUUCUACCUGAACCCCACAGCACCGGCCUACCCCGGCUUUCCCAAAACAGAACACUACUCCGCCAAGUUCGGUGCGGACCGCACGGAGGCUAUCUUCGCCCGGUUGGCGGCUGUUGGGAAGAACGAGGGGAUCAAUUUUCGGUUUGGGGGGAGGACGGGGAAGACGAGGGAUGCGCAUCGGUUGGUGUGGUAUGCGGGGGGUUUGGAGGGGACUUCGUCUGCCACCGCUCAUGUCGUGGAGGGGAAGGCGGACGGGGAGAUUGGCGGACUGCAGACGAGGGUAGUGGAGAAGUUAUUCAAGGCGUAUUUCGAGGAAGAGAAGAACAUUACGGAUCGGGGGAUACUGGUUGAGGCUGCUGCGGCUGCGGGGUUGGAUACCGCCGCUGUGGAGAAGUUCCUAGCGGGUGAGGAGGGGGGUCAAGAAGUGGAUGCGGAGGCAGAGAAGGCGCGCGGACAGCUGGUAUCCGGUGUGCCCUUUUUUACGAUUCAAGAUCGGUAUGUGGUUGAAGGGGCGGAGGAGCCGGCGGCUUUCUUGGAGAUCUUUGAUAAGGUGGCAGCGGAGCUGUGA